AAACCAGCAGCAAUGGCAGUGGUCGGUCGUUUCUCUUGCUUCUUCACUCACCCCAACUCCUCCCGCCGAUCUCGGCGCUCCGAACCAUGGAAGUCGACGUUUCUUCCAUUUAGAGUCGAAAAGGUUGUGGCAGCAUUUGGAAACAAUCAGAAUGAGCUGUUGGAGAGGCUGCCGGCUGAAAAAUGUCAGGUAGAUAAAUUAAGAUUCCCAGGAAUGGAGCUUCUGCUUGGUAAUGCCUUAAUUUUCGCAACACCUUUGAAAGCUUUGGCUGAAACAUGUGAGGCUGAUGACUCCUUUUUUAACAUGCCUCUGCUGCUAUCUGUUGCCCUUAUAGGGGCUGCCGUUGGUGGGCUGGUUGCUCGGCAGAGGAAAGGGGAAUUACAGCGAGUGAAUGAACAGUUACGACAGAUUAAUACUGCUCUGAGAAGACAAGCUAAGAUUGAAUCAUAUGCUCCCACUUUGAGUUAUGCUCCCAGUGGAAGAAUACCAGAGAGUGAGGUUAUAGUUGAUCCAAGGAAGCAUGAGUUGAUUUCUCGAUUGAAGGCUGGGAAAAACUUUUUGAGAAAUCAAGAACCACAGAACGCAUCUAUUGAGUUUAAGGCAGCUCUGGAGAUGGCUCAAACUUUAAAGGACUCGAUUGAGGAGAAGAAAGCUGCAAGGGGUCUAGGAGCCUCACUACAAAGACAGGGCCAGUAUCGAGAUGCCAUCAAGUACCAUUCUAUGGUUUUGGCCAUCUCUGAGCGAGAAGGUGAAGACUCGGGAAACACAGAAGCUUAUGGAGCGAUUGCUGAUUGUUAUACGGAACUUGGAGAUCUUGAGAGCGCAGGAAAGUACUAUGACAAUUAUAUAGCAAGGUUGGAGCAAGACUGAACCAGCUUUAAGAACAGAAGUUUGUCACAUGAAUUUACUGGAGUUGGUAUGGAUUAUCAUGAGAAAGGUGCGGAUGACUUUUCACCUGGAAAUGCCUGCGGAUCAAUUUGUUGUUGGUUUACUGUUAGUAGUUCUUUCUUGUAGGAUGCCUCUUACCCGUCUCGUGUUCCCAUCAAGGUCAACCAUGUUAGUUUCACUUUGAUAUCUAGAGUCAGUUUUGAUGGAUGAAAUCAUUUGUUAGAUAUUGUAUCUUAAAUUUGUGACUGUUAAGGAAAGCUAUUAUUCACUUCAUACAAGCCCACAGGUAGAAAUGCCAAGAUACUAAUAAUCCACCCGUGUUGAGAAAAUUGCACAAAAUGUUGGUAAUAUGCACAACUCCUAACCAAAACUCUUCAUCUAUUUGCUUAGCCAACCAUACCAAAGUGGGUUUUACAUGCUUCACCGUGGUUAAAGAAAAAAGGCCAACAAUCUUGAUAACAAUAAACUCUCAUCAUUAAAAAAAAAAAAAAAGGGAGGAAGACGGGAGAUCAUACAUGUUA